GACAAAAUGGCUGUUUUUCGUAGUCACAACGAAAUCGGAUGACUGGUGAAAACAAAAGCGAUUUUAAGGAAGACUUGUCAAAUUCGACUGCUGAUCAGAAAGAGAAGGAAGAGGAAAGCAAGAUGUCAGGUGAUAGAUCAGGGCGGAGAUCUGGUCGUCGCCCAGGGAGAAGACCUGCAAAGGUUGAUGUGAAGGCAAAGCUGGAACGCAGUCGACAGAGUGCCAGGGAAUGUCGGGCCAGGAAGAAAUUACGUUACCAAUAUCUUGAAGAUUUAGUGAGCAGUAGGGAACAAGCUAUUUUCAGACUCCGAGAUGAACUUGAAUUGUGUAAGCAGUGGUGCAUUCAACUGGACAGCGGAAAGAUACCAGAAAAUUUGGUAGAAAAACUAGCCGAGAGCAAGGAAAAACGGGAACAAAGGCGGAGCGGUUCCAGUUCGGAAGAUCGGGACUCUCCACCGGGAAGUAGUACAUCAUCAGCGUACAGCAAUGGGUCCCCAGACAACAAUCAGGGAUCACCACGAGGGGCCACUGGAUUCGGAGACUGUACCUAUACUAAUCCCGUAGAUAUAAAUGCCUAUCAGAAUGUAUCUAUCUCCGGAAGUAUGAUCCCAACCCUCGGUAAUACCAGCGGAGGGAAUAUGUUCAGUCCUUGGAGAAGAGAGAGUCCGGUUCUGGUAAUACCAGGAAGUCAAAUUGGGAAUACAGCUCCCUCUGCAACAAGUACGUCGUCAUUUACUGGUCAAAGGUCGUCGAUGCAUUCUUUAACUAGUAAAAGACCAUCAUUUGCUUUGCAUCCAGGAUUGCCAAAAUUCGAUGCAAUAUCUCCUGUCGAGAGUUUUAGUGCUAACAUUAUGGACACUCAUGGCAGAAAUCCCGAUGUUAAUUUGACGAGGAGACAUUCAGAUCAUGGCGCCUUCCAUGUGGUGCAACGGGAUAAUCCUGUUCAAAAUCCAGUGUCGUCACAAAACGCGCCGUCCAUAUCGUCACCGAUGACGUCAGCUAAUCGAUCGAUAUUUACAUCACAGACAGGCAGAGACUUUGUGUAUGAGUACAACCAGAGAAAAAGGUCCUUAGAAUAUAACGUACUUCAAAAACCAGUACCACAGAGAAAAGAUUCGGUAGAAAUGACUGUUGGGGGCGAUUUUCGGACAAUGUUUCUAAACGACGAAAUUCUCCAUACAAUUCCAGAAAAUAGAGGAACAGAUUCGCCUUGUCAAAUCGUACCAAAAGUGGAUAGUCCAAAAAUACAUCAAACUAACAUUGCAGUUUCAGCCUGGAAUCCAGAAUCAUUCGAAAUACAAGAGUCUCUUACCUCUAUGCUUGCUACUGGAGACAUCUCUAAUAAGCAGUAUCCGAUAGUCUUGACAUCCGUUGAACCGAAAAUGUCCGACACAUAUCUACCUGUGACGUCAUCCAAUUUUUCCAUGGUUAAUUUCACCUCCACAAACACGGACGAAGGUCGUGAAAUGAAGAAACACGAUCACAGCAGUGAUAGCUCGGAUGUACCGAAUGACAGCAUUUUACCUACUAUUCUGGAUGACUUUAAUUUCUAAAGAUAAUGUCAUGUUGAAGAGUGAUAAAUUUAACAGAAUUUGUCCUUUAAAGGUAAAACACUCUGUUCGCACCUUACUUAACGUGAUGUUAAAUCCUACCAUUAAUGAAAUAUUUGUGGAUGGCAAUGAAAAAAACGUUAUAUUUAAAUUAAUAUUCAAUCUUUCAAUAUUUAUGAGGAAUUAUUUAAAGUGUGGUCAGUAUUUUUAUUUGUUUUCAUGGCUAUUGGCUGUAUUGUUUUAAAAUUUUUAUUUGUUAUGUUAUUAAUUAAUAACACGGUUUAAUUUUGAGAUCUAAGUCUGUUUCCCG